AUCGGCAGGAAACGCGCACGGGGAGAGAGAGAGAGAGAGAGAAAGCCAUGGAGUCCUUCGCCUUCCUCCGGAUCUACCCACUCGCCCCUCUCCAAACCGCUCCCUCGUCCCACUCCUCGCCACCCCUUUUCCCUCUCCUCCUCCGCCGCCAUCCCCCGCCCCUCCGCCGCCCUACUCCGCCGGCGACGGCGGCCCUCAAGAGCCCUCGCGGCUUCGGCCCCGCGCCCCAGAAGACCAAGAAGCGAUUGAAGCGGAAGAGCUCACCACCCAACGAGGACGAUGACGAGGAAGAAGAAGAAUCGGAGAACGAGGGAACGAUUCCUGAGGUGGUCACCAACCGGAUGAUGCGGCGAAUGGGUUUCUCGGUAGGGAUUCCUCUCGCUUUCGGCCUCCUCUUCUUCCCCUUCUUCUAUUACCUCAAGGUUGUCUCCAAGAUCGACGUGCCCACCUGGAUCCCAUUCCUCGUUUCCUUCUUCUUCUUUGGCUCCGCCCUUCUUGGGGUCAGCUAUGGGAUCGUUUCGGCGAGCUGGGACCCUCUCCGGGAGGGCUCGCUUCUUGGAUGGAACGAGGCUCGCCGGAAUUGGCCCGUCUUCUGGCAGUCGCUCUGGGGCGGCGGAAAGAAGUAGAUUGGAUUCGAUCACCAAAGAUGAGUUCUUUGCUUCCUUCUUUAAUUUCUUUUCACCUCCUCUUAUUAGUUUUGUUAGUGUUUUUGUAUUAAAGCAUCCACUUUUCCUUGUGUAUUGUGCUUGUGCAUCGUUAGCUUAGCUUACUUCACGGUAGCAUUAAUGCAAAGAUGUAAUUUUUAGUGAUCUAGUGGCUCUUCUUCUUCUUCUUCUUCUUCUUGUGUAGUAUGAGACUGAUAGGAAACUUUUUUUUUUCCUCCCCUACAAUUGUAUAAUUGAUGCCAAAUGAAUUGGUGUUUAAUUCUUAGUUUUUUCGGAACAAAAUGUGACAUUUGUUUGUGACAUUAGUUUGUGUUGCAUAGCACUACCAAGACUGAUUUGUAUUACUUAUUGCAUAGACGCUGAACUGCUUUGAGGAAUAAUUCAGCAUGGAGGAAUGGACAAGCAGGCCAAUGUUUUUGGGAAGUGUUGGAGACUGAAAGAGUCUAAGGGAGAAGGUUUUAAUUGGGAUAGAGGAAAUGUGUAGAUAAAUCAGUGGGCUAGAAACCAUAGCAGUUCAAUGCCCAAUAAUUUGACUGCAAUGCUCUGGGAGUAGUCCCUGCAUCAUAGUUAAUAAAAUAUGUAAGAAAUGAAAGAAA